AGGCUCCCACCGAUCCAAUCCCCUGUCCGCCUCCUCUCAUCUCCCCUGUCCCCUGCCCUGCACUUCUGCUGCCUACCUCUCCCUCCACUGCUCGCCGAGACGCCGUCCGAGGACUAGGUGAGAAUGGAAGGUCACUCCCCAAAUAAAAUAUCAUCAGCUGAAGCUAUCUUGGUGGGAGCCUUGUCUUCUGGUGUGAAUGCCCCAACAUGGAUUGUGCUCCAGAUGACAUUUUUGCUACUAGCGUGCUGUUUUAGUGCAAUGCUAUAUCUGGCCUUCUUCUCAAGUGACUUUGUGAUCGUUGGGCAUGUUUUUUUGCUCAUAACCAUUGGCGUGGUUCUGUUUGUGCUUCUUAACAGGUUUCUUGCAGAGACUGGUUUUGUCCCAAUUGAACAACAGAUGCAGGAAAUUGGAAUCCAUAAACCAGAAGCUACAGAAAAAGACAAGAGAAGCUAGCCACCGAACAUACUUUAAUUUAUUCAUAUAGAAGACAACUUGUCAUUUUACACGGUGAAACAGAGUGCAUUGCACGAUAUGCCACUCCAUACAUAUAUCUAGGCAGACUUUUGCACAUGUGUACAUGUAAAUUUCAACGGAGUUUGCACUGGACUGGCUUCAGACAUGCUUGGCCGCCUCCUCCGUUGUUUUGCUCUUCUUCCUCUUGAUGUAGCAGAAACACGAGCAGCAAGGGAACUGAAACAAGAACUUCAUUGUGUGGGAAUUCUCCAAUGCUGAGUCUGCAGAGAUGUUAUGUUGCUGAAUGGAUUUCCAUCCAUCCCCUUAUAUUACUACGUUGAUUCCUUGCUUAGUUUGUCA